GUGCCUUCAAAAAGGCAAUUAAAUGAUUAUCAAAAUGUUAAGGUCCACUUUUUCUUAAGUGUCCAGAGAAAGAAGUUAAGCAUAAUAACAUUAUUUACAAGGAUGUUUGUAGCUUCAUACAGUGAUUCUACACCUAAAUGUCUUAGUUUUGUAGUUUACUGUUCUCUUUUCCACCGUAGUUAAAUAUUACGUUGUAUAUUCAAUUACUCAUUGAAAUGGUAUCAUAGUAACAAGGGGUGAUAGUAUUUCAAACUUGUGAAUGUUAAAUGAAUCUUAUACAUUCAAAAACUCUCAUACCAACACAAGAAUAUGAAGCUAAGGUUCAGAGCGUAGCUUGGUCUCCAAAUAACAAGAAAAUAGCCGUAUGCACCGGUGACCGAAUGGUAAUUAUUUUUGAUGAGAAUGGAGAGCGUCGUACUCGUUUUUCUACAAAGACUUCUGAUUCAAAAAAUGAUGGGAAUUUAUUUCAAGUAAGAGGCAUGGCGUUUUCUCAUGAUUCUAUCAAACUUGCUGUUGCACAUUCAGACAACAUAAUAUUUGUGUACAAGUUAGGAGAGUCAUGGGAUGAGAAAGUAGUAAUUUGCAAUAAAUUCCCACAAAAGUGUCCGGUAACAUGUAUUGCUUGGCCAUUACAUCAACCUAUUAUUUGUGGCCUUGCUGAUGGCAAGGUUAGGGCUGCAAACACACGUACAAAUAAAUCAUCCACUAUAUAUAAUGCUGACUCAUAUGUUGUUUCAAUUUCAGCGAAUAUUACGGGCAAAGGAUUUAUUUCUGGGCAUGCAGACGGGAAAAUAAUUCGAUAUUUUUUUGAUGAUGAUGGUUCAGGUGACGCUCAAGGGAAACUUACGACUCACCCUACAGCCCCGUAUGCUUUAACGUGGGCUGGUUCCACAAUCCUAGCUGCUGGUUGUGAUAAACGUAUCUAUGUCUAUAACAGAGAGGGGAAGCUUGUACAGCAACUCGAUUACAGCAAAGAUGACAGUGAAAAAGAAUUUACUGUCGCGUCAUGCAACCCUAGUGGACACGUCGUUGCAUUCGGAAGCUUUAAUCGCAUCCGUGUGCUUUCAUGGAGCCCUCGUAAAGGUGGAUGGGAGGAAUGUAAGCUGAAAGAAAUAAAAAAUCUGUACACUAUAACGGCUAUUGGCUGGAAGCAAGACGGUUCAAAAUUAGUUGUUGGGACUUAUUGUGGUGGGGUUGACCUAUUUGACUGUUGUGUGAAGAAGAAACUAUACAGGAACAUUUUUGAACUAAAUUAUGUUGGACCAAGUCAAGUCAUCGUAAAAAACUUAAAAUCCGGAGACACAAUUGUUCUUCAGUCGAAAUUCGGUUAUGAAAUUGACGAUGUGAAAGUAAUGGGUAAAAAUCGAUACUUGGUCACACAUACAUCGCAUACCCUAAUACUUGGUGAUCUUCGUGAGAAUCAGUUGAGUGAAGUUCAGUGGAGUAGAAAGAACCCUAAAGAGCGCUUCUAUUUUGGUUAUAAUAAAUUUUGCAUAAUAUUUGGUUCUGGUGAAUUGUAUGUGAUUGAAUAUGGAGUUAAUGAAAUAUUAGGCUCAGUUAGAACUGAAUUUACCACUCCAUUUCUAAUAAGUGUUAGAAUAAACGAACGAAAGUCCAGCAAUAAUCGUACAUGUAAAAAAAUUGCCUAUAUGUUAGAUCUGAAAACAGUAGCCAUUUUUGAUUUUGUAACAGGGUCAAAUGUUGCACACGUUUCUCAUGAUAGAAAAAUUGAUUGGAUUGAAUUAAAUGAAACUGGACAAAAGCUACUUUUUCGAGACAAGAAGCUUCAACUUAUCUUAUUUGAUAUAGAAACAGGUGUCAAAUCCAUGCUACUUAACUUUUGCUAUUAUGUACAAUGGGUUCCUCAGAGUGAUGUCAUAAUUGCUCAGUCCAAAGAUAGCCUGUGCAUUUGGUACAACACUGAGUCGACUGACAGGAUGACAUCAAUCCCGUUGAGAGGUGGAGACAUCACAGAUGUCGUUCGUCAGAAUGGAAGGACAGAGGUUUUAAUAAACGAGGGUGUGAAAACUGUUGCUUAUGCUCUGGAUGACAGUCUUAUUGAAUUUGGUACUGCGAUGGAUGAUGGAGACCUUGAAAGAGCGGUUUCAUUUCUGGAAAGCUUAGAAGUAACACCCGAAACAAAAUCUAUGUGGACUAAACUGGGAUUUGCCUCUUUAAAGGCUGGAAAUUUAAUAGUUUCAGAACAGUCCUUUGCUUCUUUAGGUUGUGUGAGCAAGUCACGAUAUUUGCGGCAAACUCGAAACCUAUUAAUGGAAAACAAAUUAUCCAAGUCCAAUGCCCAGGCAUGCAUUGCUAUCCUUGAGAAAGACUUUCGAGCAGCUGAGAACAUAUUUCUGUCACAAAAUUCUAUUGAGGAUGUCGUAAAAUUGUACAAGGAUCUACUUAAAUGGGAUGAUGCUAUUGAGAUAUCUGAAGCUAAAGAUUGGUCUGGUUUGGACAGGCUCAAAAAAGAUUAUCACAAUUGGUUAACGGAAACUGGACAAGAGGAGAAAGCUGGUGAUUUACGUCAAAAAGAUGGUGAUUUUAAUGGUGCAAUAACACUGUAUCUUCGUGCUGGUGUACCUGGUAAGGCCGCACGUUUAGCAUUAUUUGAACCGGAAAUUUCAUCAGAUAGAUUACUGAUGGAAAGAAUCAUUAUGUCAUUAACUCAAUGCGAACUAUAUGAAAAAGCUGGUGAACUAUAUCAAAGUUUAGGUCAAUCAGAGGAUGCUAUGCGUUGUUAUCGUCAAGGCAAUUGUUAUCAAAAAGCAAUUGAAUUAGCUAGAAUAUCUUUUCCAUCAAAUAUAUUACAAUUAGAAGAAGAAUGGGGUGACUAUUUAGUGACAAAACAACAAAUGGAUAAUGCAAUUAAUCAUUUCAUUGAAGCUGGUGCCUACAUUAAAGCUACUGAUGCAGCUAUUAAUUCAUGUCAAUGGACAAAAGCUUCUCAUAUAUUAAAUUCAAUUGAAAAUAAAAAAUCCACUGAACAAUUAUCACCAUAUUUUCUUAAACUUGCUCAACAUUAUAUUGUAUGCCGGGAAUAUAAUGCAGCAGAAAAUGCAUUUCUUAAAGCAAAUCAAUCCAAAUUAGCUAUUAAUAUGUAUAUUACAAUAGGAAUGUGGGAAAAAGCACAUCAACUUGCUUCUUCAAUUAUGGAUCAUACAGAAUUAACUAAUAUGUAUUUAUCACAUGCUGAAGAAUUUGAAAAAAUUGGUAAUUACAAAGAAGCUGAACGUUUAUACUUAACUAUUAAAGAAACUGAUCGAGCAAUAACCAUGUAUAAAAAUACACAUCAAUAUAGAGAGAUGUUACGUUUAGUUAAACAAUUUAAUGCUGAUUUAUUAGAUCAAACUUAUUUACAUUUAGCUGAACAAUUUCAAAGUGAAGGUAAUCUUAAACAAGCAGAACAGUACUAUUUAGAGGCUAAAGAUUGGAAAUCAGCUGUAAGUAUGUAUCGUACGAUUGAUCGAUGGGAAGAUGCUUAUCGUGUUGCAUCAAGUUGUACAGAACAACCGGAAUUACGUAAACAAGUAGCAUAUUUGUGGGCAAAACAUUUAGGUGGUGAAUCAGCAGUACGUUUGUUAACUCGUUUACGUUUAAUAGAAAAUGCUAUUGAUUAUGCAACAGAACAUUGUGCAUUUGAUUUUGCGUUUGAAUUAGCUCAAUCCGGUUCUUGCACUGAACGUUUACCUGAAGUUCAUAAUAAAUAUGCAAUGUUCUUGGAAGAUGAGGGAAAAUUUACUGAAGCGGAAGAACAGUUUAUCAAGGCAGGCAAACCUAGAGAAGCAGUACUUAUGUAUGUUCACAAUCAAGACUGGGAUUCAGCUGCACGUGUUGCUAGUGAACAUGAUCCAGAUAGUAUAAAUGAUGUGUUGCUUGGACAAGCUAGAUUAGCAUUUGGAGAAAAAGAAUUUGCUCAAGCUGAAGCACUUCUCUUAAGAGCUCAACGUCCUGACAUGGCAGUACGCGUAUAUCGUGAGGCGGGUAUGUGGGAAGAAGCGAUACGGGUAGCUGAAACUUAUUUGCCUAAUCGAGCUGAAGAGCUAAAGGAAGAACUACGCGAAGAAAGAAUGCAUGCAAUCACGGGUGGACAAAGAUUAUCCAAUCGUAAACAAUCUACUGAUCAUCAAAAGACAUCCAUUUCAACAAUGAAUGAAUUAACAAAUUCAAUUACAAAUAAUUACUUUUUACAAGCAAAAAAUUAUGAAUCCAAUGGUGAAUAUUUACGUGCAGUUGAAUCUUAUUUAAAAAUUACACCUAAUACAAAUGAUUCAAUUACACCAGAAUUAUGUGAACAUGCAUGGUUACAUGCUACUAAUUUAGCAGUGAAAUUUUUACCAACUGAAAGUUCAGUUAAAGUUACUGAAUUAGUAGCUUCACGUUUAGCAUCCAUUGAACGUCAUACUUUAGCUGGUGAAUUACUUUUAAGUAUUGAUAAAAUACAUAAAGCUAUUGAUGCAUUUAUUGCUGGAGAGAAUUGGUCAAAAGCUAAAUGUGUAGCACGUGAAUUAGAGCCACGUUUAGAAGCAUAUGUUGAAGCAAAAUAUAAAGAAGCAUUAAAAAUAAGGGGACAAGCAGAUACAUUAGCUAGUGUUGAUAUAAAUUCAGCUUUGGAUAUGUAUGCAGAACAAGGUAAAUGGGAAAAGUGUUUAUCUACAGUGGAACAAUUAUUACAUGAAGCUAAACAAAGCGCUAAUGGUCAUGGUAUUAAGAAUAAGGAUAAUAAUAAUAAUAAUCCAAGUAAUGGAAAUAUCACCAGUACGUUGUCAUCAUCAUCAUCAUCAAACGUUUUAAAAGAAUAUCAACGUUUACAUAAAUAUGUUGCUGCUUAUGCUGCUAAUUUAAUCAAAGAUUCACGUGUUUACGAUGCUAUGUUAUUAUAUAAAAAAUAUGGUACACCAGCAUAUAAACAAAAUUUCAAUAUUUAUAAACGUAUAUUUCAAGGCAUAACAAGUCAACGUGGUCUAUACGGAUCAGAUGCUUAUCCAACAUGGUCAACAUUACGUGAUAUCUUAUUUGAUUUAAACCAAAAUCUUAAACAAACCAAAUCUGAUAUACAAUCAGAAAUUAUAAAAUUAUUUGAACGUAUGCUUUUAGUGACGCAUUAUUAUGCUAUCCGUUCAGCCUUAUUAUCAACACAACAAGAUGUUAAAGAGAUCGUUACACAAAUUAGUGUAUCACUUCUUCGACAUUCCGAUAUAUUACCAGCUGAUAAAGUAUUCUACGAAGCUGGUAUUGAUUGUCGUCAAGUUGGAUGGAAUAAUAUGGCUUUUGUAUUUUUAAAUCGUUAUUUAGAUCUAGUUGAAGCUAUUGAAGAUCCGGAAAAUUCAUCUAAUUCUAUAGACAGUUCAGACUUCCAAAUGAUACUGAUGCUAAUGAAAUGUAUAUCCUACUUGACUUUAUAUGUGUUCUGUCACCCUAACACAUCCAGAGUAAAGGUAUAUUAAAAGCCGCAUACAAAAAUGAUGAGAGUUGUGAACCGUAAAAGACGAAAAAGGUCUACUCAAUUUAAUUGAAAUGUAACUCAACGUUUCCAGGCAUCAAAGACACAAACAGAUGUACAGACACGUAAGUACUAUCAUAUAUACAUACUCAAAGUUUCAUAUACAGAUGAUAGAAUGACUUGGAAGAUUGGGAUACUUUAUCUAUCCAAAACAACAGGACAAACCGCAUAGGUCUGUAACCAAAUAGAACCUGAUACACUUAAUGCUUAAUGCUCUUUAUCAACCGAUUAUAUGUUUACAGUAUCUUAAUAAAUUUUAUUUCUCUAUUUCAUUCUCCAUUGUAUAUAUUCAUUUAGGGUACUGAUAUACCUAUAGAAGUACCUAUUCCAGAAAAUCUUUAUACAACUAAGAAAGAACAUGAAUCAAUACGUGAAUGGAUAUUAACUAUAUCAAUGGAUCAUAAACUUGAUCAAACAUUACCAAAAGAUGAAAGAGGUGUUUAUAUAGCUUCAUUAAAUUCAUCUAAUACUGGUUUAUUAUCAUUACCAUGUAUUAUUACAGGUUAUCCUAUACUUAGAAAUGGUAUUCUAUUUGAACCAUCUAAAAAAGGUGCUAUUCAAAUAAAUUGGAAUAAAUUUUUAUAUAUAACAAAAAUGACUAAAUCAAUUGAAUGUUUAAAUGUAAAAGAAUUUAUUGAACAAUGGUGUGGUAUUCCUUCAUCUAAUGAAAUAUAAUAUUAUAUCUAUAUAUGUAUCAGAUCUUUUAACCCCUUUCAAAUAUUACACCCCUUUAAAUGUGUUCUUUUUUUUGGAGGGGGGGGGUCAAAUUGAAACUUAUACCCUUUGUGUACAUUCAAAAUAGAUUUUAUUCAACGAAAAAUUUCGAUUUUGUAUUUGUUUUUCUUUAUAUAGCUAAAUAAAAUAUCACUAGACCAAUUGAUAAAUAUUGAACCCAUGCAAAUUUGAUGGUAUACCAAAAUCCUGGAUUAGUACUAUAAAACAAUGUUAAUAAUCAUAUGUUAUACAAGGAAUUACAAAAUGUAUUAACUAGAAAUGAUGUAUUAUGGCAAAGUUGGAGAAAUUUAAGUGAUUAAUGUUUUGAAACUGAUCACCAGCAAAUCAUCUUUACUGCUACUCAUCAGCUGAAAGUCCCUCUGUGAUGUUAGAAAAUUUAUACUUUUUAAAAUAUUACUUAUAUGUUCAUUCGAUUUCCAUUUGUCGAUGAUUGCAAUCAGAUAUUUCUAAUCCCAUUGACUUUGAUCGAAUCACUUAAAAACUGAUUCUACCGUGUAGAAGUAUAACCUUUUAUCAUUUCGGUCAGUUAGUUUUUAAUUGUAUACUGUAAAUCUAAGCCAUUGAAAUGAUAUGUUUUUCUGUUACCGUUCAGUCAAUCAAGUAAAAAUCAUAAUCAAAACUUUUCAUCAGAUAUC